GGGGCGAGAGAUAAAGCCUUGGCCUCUGUAUGGGACUUGGGAGUCGUACUGAGCCUCUAACAGAGGUGCUAUAGGCAAAUAACUCCGAGAGGGGCACAGACCCAAAGGCUUCGGGCACAAUGGGGCUCCAGCAAUCCAAAAUGUUGCCAACCAAAACCGCAGACGAUCUGAUCAACAAGCUGCCGAGAUCCACAUUGAGGGAAACGUUGGUGAAGACCCUGGAGAUGUUGGGCAGGGGACAGUUUAAUGAGUUUAAAGAAAGACUGAGCGGCUGGGAUGUCUCUCCUGGGUACGAAAGGAUCCCCAUGGGGUCUCUGCAGGGGGCAGACGUGGGCAAAGUUGCCGACCUGAUCAUCGACUACUACAAAAACUCCUAUGGGGUGAAAGUGACUCUCGGGGUGUUGGGUGCAAUUGGCGCCAAGUCUGCUGCCAACCACCUUGAGAAAAUAAAGGAGAUGUCAUUGUAAGAGUGUCCCACGUGUUGCUGAUCCGCUUCCCGCUGGUACCAACCCGAUGCGCCAAGACCCCAACAUGGACUCCCUUGGACUCGAAGGACAACAAGACGACUUCAGUGCAUUACAAACUCUCAUACGGGAAAUUGUUCUCUUAGUACAAGCUGAUCCAGGUGCAAUUGCCAUCUUGGAGAGGCUUCAGGUGCGGUUUUUUGCCUUCCUCUGGAUCAGCUGGCAGUUAGGCAACUUAUGCAAACCUGAUGGCCUUGCCCAGCCUACGCUAUAUAUGUCCCCAUCAGGGACAUUUGAUCCCUUGGCCCAUUAACCUCCAGCUGCGCAAGGCUUGGAUACAGAACAUGACUGUGCAGAACGUGUGUUUUUAUUCUCCCAGGUUGAAGUUUUUGUCGCACGAAACGCGUGUUGGGAAGUUACUGCACCAUUACUGCCCCCGGUGGGGUUGGAUUUCUAUUAGGGGCAGAUUUAGCCACCAAUAUCCAUGGGAUAUUCCAUAUGGAACAAAUCUACAGGGCUGUGCCCCACUUUUCACUGCUGUCCCCCCCCCCCCCCCACACUCUUGUUUAACCUUUUCCUCUCUGUCUAAUGUCAAUUAAAAGAAUUUUACUGCUCA